GUGUGACAGAACCCACUGCCUGUAUAGUGUGACAGAACCCACUGCCUGUAUAGUGUGACAGAACCCACUGCCUGUAUAGUGUCACAGAACCCACUGUCUGUAUAGUGUGACAGAACCCACUGUCUGUAUAGUGUGUCAGAACCCACUGCUUGCAUAGUGUGUCAGAACCCACUGCCUGUAUAGUGUGUCAGAACCCACUGCCUGUAUAGUGUGUCAGAACCCACUGCCUGUAUAGUGUGUCAGAACCCACUGCCUGUAUAGUGUGUCAGAACCCACUGCCUGUAUAGUGUGACAGAACCCACUGCUUGCAUAGUGCAUACCUCGUAUUAACAAAUAAACAACAGACACACACAAUCUUCAAAUACACUUGUACCCUCCACUGUACACACAUUACUUAGUUCUCACAUAUAAUUAGGUGAGACACACAUAUUCACAAUGAGUGAGGACCUAAUGUAACUUUAACGGUGGUUCAAAGUCUGGAAAACAUGUCAUACUGUAGACAGUUUUAAUAGCUCUCUUUUACGGCAAAAAAAGUUAUAAAAUAACAAUGCAUGGAAAGCCCAACUAGUCUUUGAACAGCAAGUGGUUCAGUCAGUCUGGGCUUCUUCCAGGGUCCAUAUGGAGAGAACUGACACGUCAACUCCAAGCUGUCCGUCGAUAGAGAGUGACCAGUCAAUGGAUACCCCUCCCUUUUACGAGGAGGGGAAAUCAACUCCAGAAGAGAAAAUUCGACCAGGAGAGGUGCAUUGUGAUAUCUGCUCUGAGGUCCAAGCUGUGAAGUUCUGUCAGACCUGCAGUGUGUCCUACUGUGAGACCCACAUCAGACAACACUAUACAAUAGCAGCACUGCAGAGACACACACUGGUGGAUGUGACUGGAGACCUGGGGCUGAAACUCUGUCAACAUGACUACAGUCCUCUGGAGGUGUUCUGCAGGACAGACCAGAUGCUGAUCUGCAGUCAGUGUGCAGAGACAAACCACAAAGGACAUGAUACCACCAUCCAUGAAAUAAAGAAAGCAGGAAGACAGAGUUGUUACGGCGACCAGCACACAAUGCAGUCCUCAGAUGAUGUGCUGCCCCCUCCUGGUGACAUCCAGGUCCUGUUGCUGACAUUAGAUUCUGUGUCUCUGAGCUGGAGUUCUCCUCAAGGGCUGACAGGACCACAGACAUUCAGAGUGACCUGGGGGUGUGACGGUGAAACAAGCUCAACAAGAGUGGAAGGGGGGCAUCAUCUUGAAAUAAGCAGUCUAAAACCGGGUAAAAGGUACCAGUUCAGUGUGGCUACAGAGGGAGAAGAUGGAAGACGAAGCAGAUGGAUCUCAGCAUCCCUAUCAACAGUUGUCCCACCCAGAGAUUUAAAGAUAGACCAUUUGGAAGAGACCUCCUUCACUCUCCACUGGUCCAAGGCUGAAGGGAUGGAGAAAGUCCCACAGCACUUCUUCAUAUCCAACUGCAUCCCAGGAACAGACCCCCUCACAGCCGUUACUGACGACUGCCACAAAGCCUUCACAAACCUGCAAUCUGGCACAGAGUACACUGUUAGUGUUGCAACUGUGCUGAGUAAUGGGGAACGGAGUGAAACUGUCUCGACAACAGUCUGCACUAUACUUCCUGCUCCAGACCAGCUGACUGUUGACUCAGUGGACACCACAUCAGCUGCUGUUAGCUGGAGCCAGCCACCAGGAUUGGACCAAACCCAACAUCAUUACCAGAUCUCCUACCGCUGUCCAGGGAUAAAACCACACAUCACUACCACAUCUUCACCCAGCAUCACUCUCUCUGACCUGAAACCUGCUACUGAAUACUCUGUCACUGUCUGCACUGUGCUGGAAAAUGGAAAGCAGAGUCAACUGGUGUUAACAACCCUCACCACAGUACUUCCUGCUCCAGACCAGCUGACUGUUGACUCAGUGGACACCACAUCAGCUGCUGUUAGCUGGAGUCAGCCACCAGGAUUGGACCAAACCCAACAUCAGUACCAGAUCUCCUACCACUGUCCAGGGACAAAACCACACAUCACUACCACAUCUUCACACAGCAUCACUCUCUCUGACCUGCAAUGUGGUACUCAGUACUCUGUCACUGUCUGCACUGUGCUGGAAAAUGGAAAGCAAAGUCAACCUGUGUCAACAACCUUCACCACAGUACUUCCUGCUCCAGACCAGCUGACUGUUCACUCAGUGGACACCACAUCAGCUGCUGUUAGCUGGAACCAGUCACCAGGAUUGGACCAAACCCAACAUCAGUACCAGAUCUCCUACCACUGUCCAGGGACAGAACAACACAUCACUACCACAUCUUCACCCAGCAUCACUCUCUCUGACCUGAAACCUGCUACUCAGUACUCUGUCAGUGUCUGCACUGUGCUGGAAAAUGGAAAGCAAAGUCAACUGGUGUCAACAACCCUCACCACAAUACUUCCUGCUCCAGACCAGCUGACUGUUGACUCAGUGGACACCACAUCAGCUGCUGUUAGCUGGAGCCAGCCACCAGGAUUGAACCAAACCCAACAUCAUUACCAGAUCUCCUACCGCUGUCCAGGGACAGAACCACACAUCACUACCACAUCUUCACACAGCAUCACUCUCUCUGACCUGCAAUGUGGUAAACAGUACUUUGUCACUGUCUGCAGUGUGCUGGAAGAUGGAAAGCAGAGUCAACUGGUGUCAACAACCCUCACCACAGUACUUCCUGAUCCAGACCAGCUGACUGUUCACUCAGUGGACACCACAUCAGCUGCUGUUAGCUGGAACCAGUCACCAGGAUUGGACCAAACCCAACAUCAUUACCAGAUCUCUUACCACUGUCCAGGGACAGAACAACACAUCACUACCACAUCUUCAUCCAGCAUCACUCUCUCUGACCUGAAACCUGCUACUCAGUACUCUGUCACUGUCUGCACUGUGCUGGAAAAUGGAAAGAAAAGUCAACUGGUGUCAACAACCCUCACCACAAUACUUCCUGCUCCAGACCAGCUGACUGUUGACUCAGUGGACACCACAUCAGCUGCUGUUAGCUGGAGCCAGCCACCAGGAUUGAACCAAACCCAACAUCAUUACCAGAUCUCCUACCGCUGUCCAGAGACAGAACCACACAUCACUACCACAUCUUCACACAGCAUCACUCUCUCUGACCUGCAAUGUGGUAAACAGUACUUUGUCACUGUCUGCAGUGUGCUGGAAGAUGGAAAGCAGAGUCAACUGGUGUCAACAACCCUCACCACAAUACUUCCUGCUCCAGACCAGCUGACUGUAGACUCAGUAGACAUCACAUCAGCUGCUGUUAGCUGGAACCAGCCACCAGGAUUGAACCAAACCCAACAUCAUUACCAGAUCUCCUACCGCUGUCCAGGGACAAAACCACACAUCACUACCACAUCUUCACACAGCAUCACUCUCUCUGACCUGCAAUGUGCUACUCAGUACUCUGUCACUGUCUGCACUGUGCUGGAAAAUGGAAAGCAAAGUCAACUGGUGUCAACAACCCUCACCACAAUACUUCCUGCUCCAGACCAGCUGACUGUUCACUCAGUGGACACCACAUCAGCUGCUGUUAGCUGGAACCAGUCACCAGGAUUGGACCAAACCCAACAUCAGUACCAGAUCUCUUACCACUGUCCAGGGACAGAACAACACAUCACUACCACAUCUUCACACAGCAUCACUCUCUCUGACCUGAAACCUGCUACUCAGUACUCUGUCACUGUCUGCACUGUGCUGGAAAAUGGAAAGAAAAGUCAACUGGUGUCAACAACCCUCACCACAAUACUUCCUGCUCCAGACCAGCUGACUGUUGACUCAGUGGACACCACAUCAGCUGCUGUUAGCUGGAGCCAGCCACCAGGAUUGAACCAAACCCAACAUCAUUACCAGAUCUCCUACCGCUGUCCAGGGACAGAACCACACAUCACUACCACAUCUUCACACAGCAUCACUCUCUCUGACCUGCAAUGUGGUAAACAGUACUUUGUCACUGUCUGCAGUGUGCUGGAAGAUGGAAAGCAGAGUCAACUGGUGUCAACAACCCUCACCACAGUACUUCCUGAUCCAGACCAGCUGACUGUUCACUCAGUGGACACCACAUCAGCUGCUGUUAGCUGGAACCAGUCACCAGGAUUGGACCAAACCCAACAUCAUUACCAGAUCUCUUACCACUGUCCAGGGACAGAACAACACAUCACUACCACAUCUUCAUCCAGCAUCACUCUCUCUGACCUGAAACCUGCUACUCAGUACUCUGUCACUGUCUGCACUGUGCUGGAAAAUGGAAAGAAAAGUCAACUGGUGUCAACAACCCUCACCACAAUACUUCCUGCUCCAGACCAGCUGACUGUUGACUCAGUGGACACCACAUCAGCUGCUGUUAGCUGGAGCCAGCCACCAGGAUUGAACCAAACCCAACAUCAUUACCAGAUCUCCUACCGCUGUCCAGAGACAGAACCACACAUCACUACCACAUCUUCACACAGCAUCACUCUCUCUGACCUGCAAUGUGGUAAACAGUACUUUGUCACUGUCUGCAGUGUGCUGGAAGAUGGAAAGCAGAGUCAACUGGUGUCAACAACCCUCACCACAAUACUUCCUGCUCCAGACCAGCUGACUGUAGACUCAGUAGACAUCACAUCAGCUGCUGUUAGCUGGAACCAGCCACCAGGAUUGAACCAAACCCAACAUCAUUACCAGAUCUCCUACCGCUGUCCAGGGACAAAACCACACAUCACUACCACAUCUUCACACAGCAUCACUCUCUCUGACCUGCAAUGUGCUACUCAGUACUCUGUCACUGUCUGCACUGUGCUGGAAAAUGGAAAGCAAAGUCAACUGGUGUCAACAACCCUCACCACAAUACUUCCUGCUCCAGACCAGCUGACUGUUCACUCAGUGGACACCACAUCAGCUGCUGUUAGCUGGAACCAGUCACCAGGAUUGGACCAAACCCAACAUCAGUACCAGAUCUCUUACCACUGUCCAGGGACAGAACAACACAUCACUACCACAUCUUCACACAGCAUCACUCUCUCUGACCUGAAACCUGCUACUCAGUACUCUGUCACUGUCUGCACUGUGCUGGAAAAUGGAAAGAAAAGUCAACUGGUGUCAACAACCCUCACCACAAUACUUCCUGCUCCAGACCAGCUGACUGUUGACUCAGUGGACACCACAUCAGCUGCUGUUAGCUGGAGCCAGCCACCAGGAUUGAACCAAACCCAACAUCAUUACCAGAUCUCCUACCGCUGUCCAGAGACAGAACCACACAUCACUACCACAUCUUCACACAGCAUCACUCUCUCUGACCUGCAAUGUGGUAAACAGUACUUUGUCACUGUCUGCAGUGUGCUGGAAGAUGGAAAGCAGAGUCAACUGGUGUCAACAACCCUCACCACAAUACUUCCUGCUCCAGACCAGCUGACUGUAGACUCAGUAGACAUCACAUCGGCUGCUGUUAGCUGGAGCCAGCCACCAGGACUGGACCAAACCCAACAUCAUUACCAGAUCUCCUACCACUGUCCAGGGACAAAACCACACAUCACUUCCACAUCUUCACACAGCAUCACUCUCUCUGACCUGCAAUGUGCUACUCAGUACUCUGUCACUGUCUGCACUGUGCUGGAAAAUGGAAAGAAAAGUCAACUGGUAUCAACAAAUCUCACAAUAAUACUUCCUGCUCCAGACCAGCUGACUGUUGACUCAGUGGACACCACAUCAGCUGCUGUUAGCUGGAAACUGCCACCAGGAUUGGACCAAACCAAACAUCAGUACCAGAUCUCUUACCACUGUCCAGGGACAGAACCACACUACACUACCACAUCUUUACACAGCAUCACUCUCUCUGACCUGAAACCUGCUACUCAGUACUCUGUCACUGUCUGCACUGUGCUGGAAAAUGGAAAGAAAAGUCAACUGGUGUCAACAACCCUCACCACAAUACUUCCUGCUCCAGACCAGCUGACUGUUGACUCAGUGGACACCACAUCAGCUGCUGUUAGCUGGAGCCAGCCACCAGGAUUGGACCAAACCCAACAUCAUUACCAGAUCUCCUACCGCUGUCCAGGGAUAAAACCACACAUCACUACCACAUCUUCACACAGCAUCACUCUCUCUGACCUGAAACCUGCUACUGAGUACUCGGUCACUGUCUGCACUGUGCUUGAAAAUGGAAAGCAAAGUCAACUGGUGUUAACGACCCUCACCACAGUACCCACUGCUCCUGGCCAGCUGACUGUUGACACCACAUCAGCUACUUUUAGCUGGAGCCAGCCACCAGGAUUGGACCAAACCCAACAUCAUUACCAGAUCUCCUACCACUGUCCAGGGACAGAACCACACUACACUACCACAUCUUCACACAGCAUCACUCUCUCUGACCUGCAAGGUGGUACUCAGUACUCUGUCACUGUCUGUACUGUGCUGGAAAAUGGAAAGAAAAGUCGACUGGUGUCAACAACCCUCACCACAGUACUUCCUGCUCCAGACCAGCUGACCGUUGACUCAGUGGACACCACAUCAGCUGCUGUUAGCUGGAACCAGCCACCAGGAUUGAACCAAACCCAACAUCAUUACCAGAUCUCCUACCGCUGUCCAGGGACAGAACCACACAUCACUACCACAUCUUCACACAGCAUCACUCUCUCUGACCUGCAAUGUGGUACUCAGUACUCUGUCACUGUCUGCACUGUGCUGGAAAAUGGAAGGCAAAGUCGACUGGUGUCAACAACCCUCACCACAAUACUUCCUGCUCCAGACCAGCUGACUGUUGACUCAGUGGACACCACAUCAGCUGCUGUUAGCUGGAGUCAGCCACCAGGAUUGAACCAAACCCAACAUCAUUAUCAUUACCAAAUCUCCUACCAGUGUCCAGGGACAAAACCACACAUCACUACCACAUCUUCACACAGCAUCAGUCUCUCUGACCUGCAAUGUGGUACUCAGUACUCCGUCACUGUCUGCACUGUGCUGGAAAAUGGAAAGCAAAGUCAACUGGUGUCAACAACCCUAACCACAGAACAUGUUCAGUGGUGGAAGAGGCCCUCCAGAGUUGCUGCAGUGUUUGUUCUACUGGCUGUGAUCAUUGGCCUGUGGGAUUCCUAUGCAGCUGCAGAGAGAGACCAGCUACAGACAAUUUACAACACCCUGACUAAAGAGAGAGACCAGCUACAGAAUAGUCUAAAUACAAGGACCACAGAGAGAGACCAGCUACAGAAUAGUCUAAAUACCAGGACCACAGAGAGAGACCAGCUACAGAAUAGUCUAAAUACCAGGACCACAGAGAGAGACCAGCUACAGAAUAGUCUAAAUACCAGGACCACAGAUAGAGACCAGCUACAGAAUAGUCUAAAUACUAGGACCACAGAGAGAGACCAGCUACAGAAUAGUCUAAAUACCAGGACCACAGAGAGAGACCAGCUACAGAAUAGUCUAAAUACCAGGACCACAGAGAGAGACCAGCUACAGAAUAGUCUAAAUACCAGGACCACAGAGAGAGACCAGCUACAGAAUAGUCUAAAUACCAAAACCACUGAAAUAGACAAGUUGAUGAAGAGACUGAACACUAUAACUAUGGAGCAUGACCAGCUACAGAAGGAUAUAGGGUCCUAUCCUGAAGGAUGGAGAAGGUUUGGCUGCAGCUGUUACUACCUCUCUACUGAGAGGAAAUCCUGGAAGGAGAGUAGACAGGACUGUCUGGAGAGAGGAGCAGAUCUGGUGAUCAUUAACAGUGAAGAGGAACAGACAUUCAUCAAUGGGUUUGAAUCAGUCACUUUUGCCUGGAUUGGUCUGACUGACUCUGUUACUGAGGGGACCUGGAAAUGGGUGGACGGAACCCCACUGACCACCCCAAGGUAUUGGUGGAGUGGAGAGCCUGAUGGUUGGACAGACCAGAACUGUGUGGAAAUAUACAUGUCGUCAGGUCAAGGAGUAUGGAGGGAUUAUGAUUGUACCUUUUCACAACAAUGGAUCUGUGAGAAAUAGGCUUCUCAUAGGUACUUUCUCUGCACUGCUGAUUAAUGAACUCUACUGUAUGUUAAUGAUGUUCUGAAGACUGGUUUGAUUUGAUAGAAUUGUACUCAACUACAGCUAGGAGAGAAACACAUACAAACACAUUCACACACACGAAGAUAGUGAUCUGAACCAGAGUCUCCCGCAGGAGAAGCCAACGUCUUAAUUAGACAAAGAGGAAAUUCCCUUUCGGGCCGAGAGCUGACACUGAUUUUGAAGUUUUAGGCGGGGCUACCUCAUCACAUGACUAUGAGCAACCAAUCAUGACCGAGUCAUGUCCUCUACACAAGCUUUCACAUAAUUAAUUUGUCAAACAAUGAUGUGUAGAAUAGGGGUGUAAUAUCAUUCAAUUGCCGCUGUCAAUCAAUUACUGUUGUUUUACACUUCAAAUACAUUUAAAAUGACUGUAUAUGUUUAUCAGAUAUACAAUAUGUUUGCUUCUUGUGCUUUUAUCAUUCUGAACAUAAACUAUGUGUUCUUCCUGCUAAUUCAAUAAAUCAUUCAACCGAGAUUAAAGACA